AUGUGUGGUAUCUUUGGUUAUUGUAACUAUUUAGUUGAAAAAUCAAGAGGUGAUAUUAUAGAUUACCUUGUUGAAGGUUUGGAAAGAUUAGAAUAUAGAGGUUAUGACUCCACUGGUAUUGCUAUUGAUGGUGAUGAACCUGACUCAACUAUAAUCAUUAAACAAAUUGGUAAAGUAAAAGCGUUAAAAAAGGAAAUUGAAAAAUACAACCCUGACAGAGAAGUUACAUUUGUCUCUCAUGUUGGGAUAGCUCAUACAAGAUGGGCAACACAUGGUCAACCAAAACAAAUCAACUGUCAUCCUCAAUCCUCUGAUAAAAAUAAUGAAUUUGUAAUUGUCCAUAAUGGUAUCAUUACAAAUUUUAGAGAACUGAAGACUUUGUUAGUGAAUAAAGGUUACAAAUUUGAAAGUGAAACUGACACAGAAUGUAUUGCCAAACUAUUCAAACAUAUCUAUGAUACCAAUAUGCAAAAUGGAAAUGAAUUAGAAUUCCAUGAAUUGACAAAGUUGGUUCUAUUGGAAUUAGAAGGAUCUUAUGGUCUAUUAUGUAGAUCUUCUCAUUAUCCAAACGAAGUUAUUGCUACUAGAAAGGGUUCUCCAUUGCUAAUUGGUGUUAAGUCUGAAAAAAAAUUAAAAAUGGAUUUUGUUGAUAUUGAAUUUCCAGAUGAAGAUCAACCAGAGACACCAAUCUCACAGGAUGAUAAUAAAAUAUCCUUAACAAAUAACAAAAAGAACCCAUCUGCAUUUAUUUCCAAUGAUCAUCACUCUAACCGUGAUAAUCUUUUACCAAUUGCCACUAAUGAGUUCAAUUUGAGACAUUCACAAUCCAGAGCCUUCUUAUCCGAGGACGGAUUCCCUGCUCCUAUCGAGUUUUUCUUGUCCUCAGAUGCAUCUUCGGUCAUCAAACACACCAAGAAGGUUCUCUUCUUAGAGGACGACGACAUUGCACACAUCUACGAUGGGGAGUUGCACAUCCACAGAUCGAGACGUGAAGUAGGGGUGCCAAUGACCAGAUCGAUUCAGACAUUGGAGAUGGAAUUAGCACAGAUCAUGAAGGGUCCAUACAAACACUUCAUGCAGAAGGAAAUCUUUGAACAACCAGAAUCUACGUUGAACACCAUGAGAGGCCGUAUUGAUUUCGAAAAUAAUACAGUGCUACUGGGUGGGCUGACCGCAUGGCUGCCAGCGAUCAGACGCGCCCGUAGGUUGAUCAUGAUUGCGUGCGGUACAUCAUACCACUCAUGCCUAGCUACAAGAGCAAUCUUUGAGGAAUUGUCAGAGAUUCCGGUAAGCAUUGAGUUGGCAUCAGACUUCUUGGACAGAAAGACACCGGUGUUCAGAGACGAUAUCUGUGUAUUUGUGUCGCAAAGUGGUGAGACAGCAGACACUAUACUGGCAUUAAACUACUGCUUAGAGAGGGGGGCGUUGACAGUUGGUAUUGUGAACACAGUGGGGUCAUCGCUUUCCAGAGCAACACACUGUGGUGUACAUAUCAAUGCAGGGCCAGAAAUCGGGGUUGCGUCGACAAAAGCAUACACGUCCCAAUACAUUGCACUAGUGAUGUUUGCACUUUCGCUAUCCGAUGACAGGGUGUCGAAACAGGAGAGAAGGGUGGAGAUUAUACAAGGAUUGAGGAAGAUUCCUGAACAGAUCAAGGAGGUGCUAGCACUAGAGCCCCGGAUCAAGGAGUUGUGUGAGACGCAAUUGAAGAACCAGAAGUCACUACUACUGUUAGGUAGAGGCUACCAGUUUGCCUCGGCACUAGAAGGGGCGUUGAAAAUCAAGGAAAUUUCGUACAUGCACUCGGAGGGUGUUCUUGCAGGGGAAUUGAAGCAUGGAGUGUUGGCGCUGGUUGAUGAGAAUUUACCUAUUAUUGCCUUUGGGACUAGGGACUCAUUGUUCCCCAAGGUUGUUUCGUCGAUUGAACAGGUGACAGCCAGAAAGGGUCACCCUAUCAUUAUCUGUAACGAGGGAGACGCAGUGUGGAGCAAGAAGGCGACCACGAGCAACUUGAUUACGCUGGAAGUACCACAAACGGUGGAUUGCCUGCAAGGGUUGUUGAAUAUUAUUCCAUUACAAUUAAUGUCAUACUGGCUAGCCGUGAACAAGGGUAUUGAUGUUGAUUUCCCAAGAAACUUAGCCAAGUCUGUAACAGUUGAGUGA